GAGCAAGACUCCUCUUAUCUCGCAUUUGAUAAAUUUCAGUAUAGAAUUUCUUGAUUAUCAUUUUGCAUUGCAGCAGUUUAAGUUGUGAUUUCUCCUAGGUGAAACAUGAGUACCAAAUUUGAUCCGAACUUUUACAAGUCAAACAUCGAAUUGCGCGUGAAACUCGUGCAAAGAUGUCUCAACAAAGUGUCACAUUUGUUGCAAUGGCAGCCAAAAGGAGGAGAUUCUGUGCUGGAUAUCGGCUGUGGCGUGGGUGACAUCACACGCGAGUGCUUCUAUCCACUCCUUCCGGCCAACUAUUCACGCUUAGUCUGCUCGGACAUCUCAGAAAGUAUGCUACAUGGCGCUCGAAAGACAUUUCACGGAAUUGAUAGAGUGAAUUUCACUCAAAUAAACAUCAAUGAACCUCUGAGUGAUGCCAAGAAAGUGGAAUUGAAGACAUUUAAUCACAUCUUCUCUAGCUUUUGCCUAACAUAUGUGAAAAAUCAGAAGCAAGCAUUUCAGAAUGUGUUUGAUCUUCUGGAAAUGGGUGGUGAUAUCAUGAUUACCAUUCAAGCAAUAACACCAUCAAUUGAAUGCCUCUUUCGCAUGGCAGAGCAGAAGAAGUGGAAGAACAAAUUGUCAAACAUACGUGAAACUUUCGUUUACAGCUACAGAGAAGAUUCCAAUCCCAAAGAAACAAUAGAGAGUCUCUUGCGAUGCCUUGGAUUCACUCAAGUUGUUGUGGAACUCGAAGAAUCCUUUGAGACAUACAAAACUGAGGAGUAUUUAAAAGAUUUCAUGAAAGGCCUUCCAUUUGGCAGUGAAGUAUCGGAGAUGGAGAGUGAAGAAUUCUUCAGGGAUCUCGUAAAUAUUGCCAUUUCAAUGAAUCUGAUUGAAGAGCACCUCAAAGGAAGCCCACCAUUGGAGGGUAAUGUAAGAAAACUCAUUCACAUUUAUGCUAUGAAGCCAAAUAAAUGAAUUCCUUGCUUAUCAAA